AUGAGAAAUUCUCUGGUAAUCUUUGGCUUCCUUCUGGUGACCAUCUUUUUGGCCAAUAUCCCUGUUAACCAGGCUGUAACCUGUGCCGACGAUCCAAGUGAUGCCGCUUGUAUCGAUUGCACCCAGGCUGCAAAUGCCGACAAUGCGGAGUGUGCCACCACAACCACGGUGGCUCCAGAAACCACCACUGUAGCCGCCGAGGCAACCACAGCGGCAAGUGCCACUGGAGACACCACCACCGCUGCCUCAACCAGCGGAACCACCACGACCACCUCCUCAUCCUCCGGCAACAAAGUAAAGCGUACAAGGACCUUCAGGCGGAAGGUGAAAAGGUCCAGGAAGAUCAAAAAGACGAGGCGCACCAGGAGGAACGCAAGAGGGAACACCUCUGGUUGA